AUGGAUACCCUUGUGAUUAAAAGAAAAAAGCCACGGCAAUCUAAUGCCCCAAAGAACUCGUUGCCAACGCUGUUCCUCCCUGAAGAACUCCUGGCCGAAAUCCUACCCUUCUUUGACGUUAAAACCGUCACGCGACUCAAGUGCCUGAGCAAGUCAUGGAUGGCUUUCAUAUCCGAUUCAAACUUCGUCCAAAAGCAUCUUAAAAAUUCAUUACAAAACCCACACCUCACUUUAUUUUGGUUUCAACGCAAUUGUUGUUUUAAUGUUGUACCCUUCCCCGUGUAUCGUUUACUCAAAAAUCCUGGCAUUAACCUUUAUUACAGUCGCUGUUUCCAUCGUUUAAAGCAUCGUUUGGAGGAGUCUUGCGAGUUUGUUGGUUCCUGUAACGGAUUGCUCUGCUUUCAUAACUAUUCUGAAACAUUGGCACGAACUCAUGAGCUCUGUUUCUGGAACCCUGCCACCAGAACAACAUCGAAAAAAUUAGGGUCGUCGUUAUGUGAUAGCAACUGGCCUGAUUUAGGCAUUUUUCACUUCACGUUUGGUUAUGAUGCUUCAACGAGAACAUAUAAGGUUGUUGCGUUUCGUGCUAAUGAGAACGGAGGUUUGUGGAAAAGCCAGGUUAAAGUGUUCAGUCUAGGUGAUAAUUGUUGGAGAAAUAUUCAGAGUUUUCCGGUGGUACCUUUUAAUUGGUUGAAUAUUAGUUGUAGACGUCUUAAUGAUGGUGUUCAUUUUAGUGGCACUGUUAAUUGGUUGGCUCUGGACAGGUCUAUUACUCAUGUAAAGCAAAUUGUGAUCGUUUCGCUAGACCUUUCAACGGAGACAUACAAGCAGUUUUUGCUGCCUCCAGGUUUUGAUGUGGUGCCACUUUUUAAGCCGGUUCUUAGGGUUCUGAUGGACUGUCUUUGUUUUUCUCAUGAUUCCAACAAAACUGAAUUUGUUUUAUGGCAAAUGAAGGAGUAUGGGGUUCAAGAGUCGUGGACUCAAUUAUUUAAGAUUAAUUUAAGCUAUCUUCAAAUGCAUCUUCCAAUGCAUAAAGAUGGUUUUCAAUUGGCAUGCCUAUAUGUAAAUGGUGAUCGGGUGAUUUUUGCAGAUAAAUUUCGUAAGCGAGCAUUUAUCUAUAAUUUAAAAGAUAAAACAAUAGAGAGAAUUAAAAAUAGAAACUGCAUACAUUGGUUCGACAAGGCAAAAGAUUAUGUAGAAAGUUUAGUUUCAGUUUGUUGA